GCGCAUUAAGGACAGGUUUGUCGGCAAGGUGGGUCAGGUGAUAUCGGAGGACGAUGGCGGCGGCGGCGGCGGCCUGGCUGCUGGCUCUCGCCCUGGGGUCGGCGCUGGGCGGCGGGCGAGGCACCGACCAGGUCCCGGUGCUGGCCUGGUCCACGGAGGGCUCCCUGUGGCGCUCCCGGCCAGCUCCAAACGGAGGCCACAUCGUCUCCCAGCAGCAGCUGGCCUCGUACCUGGAUCCGGCCCUGGCGAAAGGCCCCAAGACUGUCAUCUUGUUCCUUCAGGACAAGCUCAGCGUCGAUGAUUUCACCGUAUACGGAGGGGUCUACGGGAACAAGCAGGAGAGUGCCUUCCCCAACCUUCAGGCGGCCCUGGAGUCCUCGCCCUCCUCCCUGGUCCUGCCCUCGGUUGACUGGCACGCCACCAGCUCUCUGCUGCUCUCCCUCCAGUCCAGUGUUGGGACCAGUCCGCUCUACGUGGACCCACUGACCAUACCGCGAUCUCCGGCUCAACGCCAGCGUCCCUCGCUGCUGGCCGUCCGCCUGCCCUACAGCUCCGGCUCCAUUCUGAUACGUCCGAAGGAAGCUCUCACUGCCAACGACAACAUCCUGGGCAAGGUGCUGGAUGUCCUGAAGGAAGAUGGGGUCCCGUUCACUGCCGUCCUCACUGCUGCCAGACCGUCUCGGGUGGUGCGGGAGGUGUCGGCCCCCCCGGUGGGUCCCGGCCGCCAGCUGCUGGCAGCGGAGGAUGAGCGGGAGGGCCCCCACCCCCCGCUGGCCUUCAACGUGAGUGGCUCGCCCUGCAUCCUGCUGUGGGCCUCCCGCCUGGUGCUGGGGAGGGGGCCGUCCGAGGCUGACCUCACCAACCGAACCUUCGGGCCCUCCGCCUCCGUCUCCCUACACAGCUCGGCCUGCGCCAACCACUCCGCCGACCUCGUCCUGGAAUACAGCAAUGUGGAGAAACUGGGCACUGUGAAGAUCGUAUUUAAGAUGAGCAACCAGUCGUACAGGGUGUCGGCCCAGCCCUGGUUCACCCUGGACCAGGUGGAGGUCACCUCCGACAAGGAUGUCAUCGCCUUCAAUGUCAGUGACGUGUACGCACCGGCCGCCUACUCCUACCGCUGCAGCUCUGUGUCCAACGAUCCGCGGGCCGGCUCUGUCCUCCGCUCCUCCACCUCCUCCUCCCAGACAUGGAAGCUCUACCUCCAGGACUUCCAGAUCCAGGCCUUCGGCGUGAAGGGCAUGAGGUUCUCAUAUGCCAGCGACUGCUCCGGCUUCUUCACCCCGGCCAUCUGGAUGGGUCUCAUCACCAGCCUGCUGAUGGUCUUCAUCCUGACCUAUGGCCUGCACAUGGUGACCAGCCUGAAGACCAUGGACCGCUUCGAUGACCCCAAAGGCCCCUCCAUCUCCGUGCCCCAGACUGAGUGAUCGGCUCCCACACCCCCAGGAUCAAGUCUGUGUGUCCAACCUAUCCCACUGACCCCCACCCUUUCCCAUCAAAAUUUCCUUGCUGCUGAUCCGGAGGAAGGAUGAAUCCUGUUGAUUUAUUCGGGGGAAAACGAACUAUCUCCCCUCCACCUGUCGUGAUCCGCUGGGGGCCACAGUGUUGGAAUGACACUCUGGAUAUCCUUGGGAUGGGACGUGGGGCUGGUGGGAGAUGGUGGGGGGAGGGGGGGGUCUCUCUCCCCAUUCAGUGCUGUUAUCCUCUGCUGCCUUGCGACGUCCCAGUGAUCCCCCCCUCAAAACGCACUGGAUGCUAAUUCUAUUUAACUGUGGUAUUAUUUAAUGGGUGUGUAUAGUUCUUUUGGUUAAACACAUGUUUUAGCAGCCCCCUCCCUAGUCGAUGGGCCAGAGACACACAGUUACUGCGGAAGGAGGUGUGGGUCUGUGGUGUGCUGGACAGUCUGCACUGCCUCCCCCCUGAGCUGUUCUGUGCAGUGGGACUGUCUGAUCCGGCAAGGUUGCUUUUCUGUUCUGUGUUAAGUUGUGAUUCUGUGCUGCUUGUGAAACUUGACGUGAAUCAAUAAAAGUGAAAAGUCUCCGUCACAAUCCAA